UGAGUUUGAGUGAACUCCGGGAGUUGGUGAUGGACAGGGAGGCCUGGCAUGCUGCAAUUCAUGGGGUCUCAAAGAGUCGGACACGACUGAGCGACUGAUCUGAUCUGAUCUGAUAUACUAUAUGGGGCGUCCUGUGUAUUUUAGGGAGGAAAAGCUGGAAGAUAUAUCAGUGCACAAGAACAGGAGGAGAGAGGAAUGGAGCUUGGGAAAGACAGCAACCACUACAAGCUGAUUUUCCCAUUUUUACUGGAGCUGCCAAGCUCUUCAAAAUCUCUGUUCAGAGGGAGUGAGUUGGUUUUUGUUGAAGGCCUGCUAGUAUCAAGACUUUACAUAUUUUUUCCAUUUAAUCUUCAUCAGAGCCCUUUGAGAUAAAUACCAUUAUCCCCUUCAUUUUACACAUGAGGAAACUGAGGCUCAAGGAAAGAAAGCUACUUAGAAUCACAGACAUUUAAGGCGGGGGGUGGGAUCUGAGAUUCAAACUGACUUAAGUCUAAUUUAAGCCUACAUCUAUGUUCUUUCCUUUAUGCCAGAAGCCAUUGUCAAGCCUUGCUGACACCUUAAAGCAACCAAAUAUCACUUACUCAUACAUUGCUUUUUUUUUUCUGGCUAUGCCUCACGGCUUGUAGAAUCUUAGUUCCCCAACCAGGGAUCGAACACGAGUCCCCAGCAGUGGAAGCACAGGGAAUUCCCUAUACUGCUUUUUAUUAACAAGUUCAAAUUAGUGAAAUCCAACACAGCACCUGCUGCAUGCCGGCACAUUUAAGGAGUUAAGUAAAUGAUAGGUAUUAAGCAUAUUUGUUAUGUCACUAGGUCUUUUCCCCAUAUAUUUACAUGUUUGACCCUUUAUUAAAUGUCUCUACUCCCUUUGCUUUAUUAAAGCAAAAUCUUGCACUGCCUGCAUUUUCAUACAUUACUUCUUUGCUCUUCAGAUCAUGGGGUGUUUAUGUUUUUUAUUUUGUUUUUGUAUGUGUAUGUUUGUUUGCUUGGUUUUUUUGGGGUUUUUUUUUUUUUUUUUUUUUUUUUUUGCAUGUGGGAUCUUAGUUCCCCCAACCAAGGAUCAAACCUGUGCCCCCUGCAGUGGAAACUUGGAGUCCUAACCACUGGGCCACCAGAGAAGUCCCCUCAACAGAUGUUUGAGUGCCCACUCUUUGGUUGGGAUUGGAGGAAGUAGUGGGCAGGAGGCAUAAAAGAACACCAUCAGGAAAGAUCAUCUCCCAGGAAAAUGACCUUAUGAGUGAAGGAGAAUCUGGUACUUGAGGGUUCUGAAUCCCCAGAGGGAGAAGGGAGUGAUUCUACUGGGGGUGGAGGUGGAGGUUGAGAAAGAGGGGAAUUUGGACUUGGCCUGGGCUGUGCCAUGAGAUAGCUGACCAGACAGAACCUUGGCCCGAGACACACUCUCUGAGACUCCCUAGAGUUUGCACAGCAGUUUACAAAGCAUCUUCACACAUGCCCAUCUUACAGGGACGGGGGGAGGUGCAGGGUCUGGCCAGAGCUCUCACCUGGGUGACCUGGAUAGAGCCAGAAGCCAAACUUUAUGCCGGGCUCCUAAAAUACCUUACUCCCCUCAUGGCUGAGGCUUUUCUCUGAGGGUGGGCAACUCCUCCUCAUGGAGCCCCCCUACCCGCCUGAUCCCCUUGGGGGCUGUGUUCCAUUUGUAGGCCUACCAGGAUGGAGGGGCAUGCUGAAAUGGAGAUGCUGAGGACACUGAAGGGACCCUCCACAGGGGAGGUCAGCGUGCACCUGGUGGCCAGAGAUAGCCCAGGCUCCGGCUCUCACCUGCCCACUGCUGCCUUUAUCAUUCCAGCCAGCUCGGCCGCCCUGGGUCUGCCCAGCAGUGCCCUGGAUGUGUCCUGCUUUCCGCGGGAGCCGAUGCACGUGGGCACCCCGGAGCGAGCGGCCGGCAGCGUACCUGUCACAGCCACAGUUCUGCCGCAGUUAAGCACCGGGCCGGCGGCCAGCCCCAGCGCCAGCACAGUGCGGCUCUUGGAGUGGACCGAGGCCGCAGCCCCGCCUUCGGGGAGUGGCCUGCGGUUCCGGAUAAGCGAGUACGCGCCGCCGAACAUGGUGGGAGCAGAGCAACCCCCAAGCCCACAGCUACGGCGGGAAGGUGUGGCCGAGUACGAAGAUGGCGAGGCCCCGGCGGGGGGUGGCGGCGCGGACCCCCAACAGCAGGCGGACCUCCCCCAGGACCCUCCGGAAGGUCCGCCUCAAGACCCACCAGAGGAUGAUGGCACCUGCCCAUGCCAGGCUUGUGGGCCUCAGCAAGGCGCUGGUCCAGAUCCUAGUUCCUCCAAUGAUGGCUGCCCUCAGCGCUUCCAGGAGCGGUCAGUCAUAGUGGAGAACUCCUCAGGCCAGAACAACUGCACCAGCGCUUCUGAGCUCCUCAAACCCGUGAAGAAGAGGAAGCACAGGGAAUAUCAGAGCCCAUCCGAGGAUGAAUCUGAGCCAGAGGCCAUGGAGAAGCAAGAAGAAGGAAAGGAUCCAGAGGGACAACCUACCACUAACACCCUAGAAAGUGAGGAAUGGAACAGCAGCCAGCCUGCCUCAGAGGAGAAGAAACCAGGCUGGUCGUGGGAAUCCUACCUUGAGGAGCAGAAGGCCAUCGCUGCCCCCAUCAGCCUCUUCCAGGACUACCAGACAGUCACUCAUAACAAGAAUGGCUUCAGACUGGGCAUGAAGUUGGAAGGCAUCGACCCUCAGCACCCGAGCAUGUACUUCAUCCUCACUGUGGCCGAGGUGUGUGGCUACCGCCUACGUCUGCACUUUGAUGGGUAUUCCGAGUGCCAUGACUUCUGGAUCAAUGCCAAUUCCCCUGACAUUCAUCCGGCUGGCUGGUUCGAGAAGACGGGGCACAAGCUGCAGCCCCCCAAAGGUUACAAGGAGGAGGAGUUCAGCUGGAGCCAGUACCUGCGCAGCACAAGAGCCCAGGCUGCCCCCAAGCACCUGUUUGUGAGCCAGAGCCACAGUCCCCCACCCCUGGGCUUCCAGGUGGGCAUGAAGCUGGAGGCUGUGGACCGCAUGAACCCGUCGCUCGUCUGCGUGGCCAGCGUGACAGACGUGGUGGACAGCCGCUUCCUGGUGCACUUUGACAACUGGGAUGACACUUACGACUACUGGUGUGAUUCCAGCAGCCCCUACAUCCACCCGGUGGGCUGGUGCCAGAAGCAAGGAAAGCCCCUCACCCCUCCACAAGACUACCCAGACCCUGACAGCUUCUGUUGGGAGAAAUAUCUGGAAGAAACUGGUGCCUCUGCUGUGCCUGCCUGGGCCUUCAAGGUGCGACCCCCACACAGCUUCCUGGUCAACAUGAAGCUGGAAGCCGUGGACCGCAGGAACCCAGCCCUAAUUCGUGUGGCCAGCGUGGAGGAUGUGGAGGAUCAUCGGAUAAAGCUCCACUUUGAUGGCUGGAGUCACGCCUAUGACUUCUGGAUUGAUGCUGACCACCCUGACAUCCACCCGGCAGGCUGGUGCUCCAAGACGGGACAUCCCCUGCAGCCUCCUCUCCAACCCAGAGAGCCCAGUGCUGCCUCCCCCACGGGCUGUCCCCCUCUCAGCUAUCGGAGCCUGCCACACACCAGGACCUCCAAGUACAGCUUUCACCACCGGAAGUGCCCCACUCCUGGUUGUGAUGGCUCUGGCCACGUCACCGGCAAGUUCACAGCUCACCACUGCCUCUCGGGUUGCCCCCUGGCCGAGAGGAACCAGAGCCGGCUGAAGGCAGAGCUGUCGGACACGGAGGCCUCAGCCCGUAAGAGGAACCUCUCGGGCUUCUCCCUAAGGAAGAAGCCUCGCCAUCACGGCCGGUGUGGAGGGCAAGGGUGCGGGGCCUCAAGUCCUCCGAGGCCAGAGCAGGCGCUGAGUCCCUGCCAUGGGCCCGGCUCCUCUCUCUCCAGGAUCGGGCGCCCUCCAAAGUACCGGAAGAUCCCACAGGAAGGUUUUCCAACGCUGACCACCGACGUCACACACCAGUCCCUCUUCAUGUCGGCCCUGUCGGCCCACCCCGACCGUUCGCUGUCCGUGUGCUGGGAGCAGCACUGCAAGCUCCUGCCCGGCGUGGCAGGCAUCUCGGCCUCAACAGUCGCCAAGUGGACCAUCGAUGAGGUCUUCGGCUUUGUUCAGACCCUGACAGGUUGUGAGGACCAAGCGCGGCUCUUCAAGGAUGAGAUGAUUGACGGCGAGGCCUUCCUUUUGCUGACACAGGCGGACAUUGUGAAGAUCAUGAGCGUCAAGCUGGGCCCAGCCUUGAAGAUCUAUAACGCCAUUCUCAUGUUCAAAAACGCCGACGACACCUUAAAGUGACUGGCUCAGGGCUGGGCCCUCCCUCUGCAGCUGAUGCUUCCUUCCCAACUUGAGUUCCUACCAUCCCACCUGUGGACCCCCCCACCCACACUCUGGCCCUUAACCGGGGUGGUCCUUCUCUCCGGGGCCACUUCCUGCAAGGUACAGAGGAGCAGAGGAGCCCUGGGGAGGAUGGAGUCCUAGCCCCCUGAGUCCUGGAGCUCAUCUACCACCAGGCACACCAGUGAGGGUGUGAGCGGGCCGCUGGAGCGUUACUGAUGGCGAAGGUUGAAGGUGCCCCAGCCACGACGGCCCCACCUCUCCAGCGACCUGUUUCAUCACCGAAGGGUCUUUCUCUCAGCAGUUAAAAAAGAGUCUGGUAGAACGGGAGUCCUUCAGCCUGAGGCCCUUCUCUCUUAGGCAUCUCUCUGUGCUUCCCACCCCUCCUCCCCUCCCCCCCCCCCCCCCCCCCCCGACCCCGCCGUCUCCUUUCCUCCUUCCAGGAAGCCACCCUGCCACAAACACAUUUAUUCAAAACAGCACCUCGCCUGUUUCUGUCUGCUGGUUUUGUUGCCCUCAUUCUGCUGUCUGGUUUUCCCAGGCAUUCCCAGAGGUAUUUCUUCAUAGCAUCUACUGAGGGCUGUGGGUGCCUUUCUGUCUUACCCAGAAGUGGGGAUUCUGAGCCAGGAUGCCUUCUUCAGCAUCCAGUUCUGGGACCUUCUUCAGGUCCCAGUUCUGGACCACUCGGUAUUUGAGUGUCCCCCACCUGUCUUGUUUCCAGCAGAGGGUGGUUAGAACCUAUUUGGCUUCUGCAGCAGAGGCUAAGGUUCCCCAGAUGUUCCCAUGCACCCCCUGCGUCAACUGUGGAGAGGAGGCAGGCUGGCCAGCUAGGUAGCCGAGGCCAGCCCCCGGGUACAUCAGAUAAUCCCGGGCCAUGGGCCUGCAGGGUGGUCGGCAGACAUGGAGGCUCUCAAAGCAGAGCAGAGCAUCCUUCCCUGCCACCGUGGGUCUCAGCCAGUGUAUUGCCCAGGAGGUAAGGGCCCCAUGCCUGCCAGGCCUUUUGCCGUGGGAAUGUCUGCCUGGCAUGCACUCUGCCUGGCAUGCACCUCCCCUCCAUGGCGUCACAUUCAACCUGUCUCUUAGAUGUCUUGGUUUUGGGAAGUCUUACAAAGACUCUUAAAAAGUGGGAUUUGGGAAGAAGAUGAAUUCCUCUAGCUUUGAAUUCUCCAUGUCCCUUAAGCUUCUCUUACCACCCUCCAUCUGUCUUGCAUUGCCAGCCGGAUACCUGCCACGGCUCUGGGAUUUUGACCUUUCUGUCCAAGUGUGGCUCCACUGAGCCCCUGCCAAACCUGCCUCCCAGCCUACAGGGGCAGGGGGCAGAGGCCGCACACAUGGAGGUGAGGUGCCACCGCCAGGCUCUUGUGGAGCCCGGGGCCUCUCCCGGACCCCUCAUCUCCGCCACAUGAUGCAUACGUGCAGGUGUGUGUUGGACACUCUCAGAUGUGCUUGUCAGGGUGCAGACAUGAAGCUCGGUGUGGGAAAGUGUCAAGGGCUAUUUAUUGUGAAAAUAUGAAGCUUUAUCUUUGGGAAACCCAAAGCUCUGUUGAUUUCCUGCCUCGGCCCAAGAGAGGACCCUCUCUCACGGAGGCCCAGGUAGCUGGACCAGGGCAGCCGUUUGGCCCACUGCUGCAGUGCCGCAGGGCUGCGGAUGGACCUCAGAGACACCACCUUCCCGGGAAGGCUUGGCCCGGCCCUGCCCUGGGCAGGGGGCUGGGUUUACCGAGGUUGCACAGGCGUCCCCUUGCUCAGGAGUAAGGAGGAGCCCGUCUGAGCCUGUCUGUCCUGGUUGCUCGGGUGGCACUGAAGCCCACCAGCUCCAUGGCCUCGUCUGCUCCCCCAUGAGACUGCAGAGCGAGCUCGCUGACUCUGGCGUGAGAAGACAGCAAGCACACACAGCUGUGCUGUGGGGCCUCUCCACUUCUAAGGAGCACAGCUGGGGCGGCUGAGCCACGUGGGUCUGCCCUCCGCUGUCCUAACCCUUGUCUACGGGAAAGACAAGAUGGACCAGGGGCCUUGGAGAAGGGGGCCCCCAGGCCCCCGAACUUUGAGCCUCAGCACUGUCUUACCGGGAAAGAAACCAAAUCAUUAAAAAAAAAAAGGGGGGGGGGAUAAGAAAUCUGCCUUCUGUCCACCCCACUGGUUCUUCACCCCCUCCCUUCCCCAAAUGAAAUCAUUACACCAUGACCUGGGCACACAGUGAGGGGUGAAGGGAGGGAGUUGGCACCCCUGUCCUGUGCCCUCCAACCUGCUCUCCAGCAGAAAAAACCACCAUACUUUGGCCCUGGCAGCCUCUCCCAGCCCUUGCCCUGGCUUAGGACAGCCAGACGCUUUCUGUUUAAUUUCUGAAGCAGAGAAUGAUCCUAGAGUUGGAAAAUGAAGCCUGUUUGCACUUUCAUUCACACGCACUUUGGUGGAGUUAUGUUUUUUUGUACUUGCCUUGUGAGAGUGUGCCUGUGUGUGUAUGUGUGUGUGUGUGUGUUCGUGCAUGCACGCAAGCGUGCGUGUUCUUUAAGAGAAUCUUCUGGUUAAAGAUAAAGGCACUCUUGAGAGAGAAAAAUUUACAAAUAAAAUGUGGUGUAUUUUGUCAGUGUAUUGAAACAACAUAAAUAAACUUGAAGACCAG